AUGGCCGAGAACAGCAAAAUCUCCAAGCGCCAAUUGGCCGACAAGUUUGGCGUGAGCGAGGCAGCGAUUCGCAAGCUGCUGCUCAAGAAAGACGACUUUUUACGACGGUACUAUGACACACCGGAGGACGUCCGGGACCAGCGGCUGCGUGGGAAGAGCACGCGCAUGUCAUCGCACGCCUUGGACAGCUGCGAAGGCGCCGGUGGAUUCAUGCCACCCUCGGACGAAUCGGCACUAGCGAGUCACGCAUCAUCUUCUGCAAACGCGUCGGUCACGAGUAUGUACCCACCUGAUGAUCCGUGGAAGCACGGACUGCAUGCGAUGUUGACCAAGGUCACGCCGUUUCUCAAGAACUUUACGCAGAGCAGCAAACGGCCGACCCUAUCGUUCGAGGCGUCGAUUCCAGCUACUGAGCAAGAUACAGCGGCUGUGGCGGGGAAGAUGGAAGAAGCGGCAAGUCUGGAGAAGUUAGACUGGAUAAGCUUCUCGCGCAUGCUCCGCGAUAUCCGACGCGCGCUCCAUCGAUAUCCCGAGACGGGAUACCAGGAAGUACGCACCCAAGCUUUUAUCAAGGGAUUUUGCGAAAAGGCGUUGCAGAUUCCAAGUGCGAAUAUCCGAGUGAUGGCGUCCACGGGACUUGUGGUGGAUGUGUGCUAUGAAAACGCUACCGUUGCGCCGUUGGAAACUCGCAAGCUGCCUGUGAUAGCUUUCCGCGCAGAUAUGGAUGCACUGCCAAUUGAAGAAAUGAACGAUCACUUGCCGUACUGCUCCACUCAGAAACAGGGACAAAAGGAAUUCCGAAAGCGAAAGAAGCGGAAAAGCUCUAUAUCUCAGCCUAUGUCGCCGAAGAAAGAGCAAGCGGAAGUUGACCCAUCUCAGCAGGCCUCGUCCGACAGCAACGGCGUUGCACCAGAUGAGGUCGACAAGGCGGGUCUCGAUGUGGAAUCGAACGAUCUGACGGCGAGCUUAUUGCCCGUUCCAUCGACGAUCACUACAACGACGAUCGGUGCUCCUCCUGUGCCAAGUGCUACUGGGGACGAAGAUGAGGAGUUUGUAACCUCUACAGCCGCAGCGCAUAUCCUGCUGAGGAGGAGUCCUGGCGGGGCCCAGAAAAUGAUUGAAGAGGGUGCACUUAUCGAUGUGGACGAGAUUUACGGGCUGCACAAUGCCCCUUUCCCGCUGUAUAGUGUACACGUCCGACCUGGAGCUGUUAUGGCGCACGAAGUCGAGUUUUCUAUCGACAUUUAUGGCAUCGGAGGCCAUGGAUCUGCGCCCCAACAAUGCGUGGAUCCUAUUCUUGCGGGCGCAGCUGUGGUGCAGUCUCUUCAGUCUGUUGUAAGUCGAUCGUUGUCUCCGAUGGAUACGGCGGUCGUGUCCGUGACCCAGUUUUGUGGUGGUGAUACCAACAACGUGAUCCCAUCCCAUGCGUAUCUCGCCGGGACCAUUCGGGACUUCGAUCUUGAGAUUGCUGAGAAGAUCAAAGACCGCGUUGCUAAGUUGGUGCAUUCGACGUGCGCUGCUUACGGUGCCACAGCCAAAGUGCACUUCCUCAAUGGCUACGCUCCUGUGAUCAAUCCACAAGUUGAGACCCGCCAAGUCCAGCAGAUUGCCAUGGACAUGGGGAUGUUCGUGAGCGAGGAGGGCUUGCCGCUCAUGGCUGCCGAAGACUUUUCGUAUUUCCUGCAAGAGCGCAAGGGAUGCUACUUUUUCCUCGGUACGAAAGAAGACGGCGACCCGGACAAGCUGCGCGCGUUGCACUCGAACUGCUUCGACUUCAACGACAAGGUGAUCCCACUCGGCAUUCGGCUGUUUAUAGGUAUUCUCCAGUCCCGUUUCAAGUGCGAGCUAUACAGUAUGGAGGAAAUGCAGGCUUUCCAAGUAGCUAUGGAGCGCAUUAUGAUUAACGUGACCGUUGUGUAG